ACCUGGUUGCAUCUAAGGGCGAGGACCUGCUCGCCGACUCUCCAGGGACAUCACGUGAUCGCGCCGGGAUCCGUGACCUGGCUCAACCUGAGUGCGCACAAGGCCGGAUACGCCGUGAUCCACCUCAACGCGUCGCUGCCCGACGUCGAUUCCAGCGACGCCUUUGUGCGCAUCAGCGUCCUCCGUUUGAGCUGGCUCAACGUGCUGAGCGCAGUGUUCGGAUGGCUCUACUUCGUCGCCUGGUCGGUCUCCUUCUACCCGCAGAUCUACCUGAACUGGAAGCGCAAAAGCGUUGUCGGCUUGAGCUUCGACUUCAUCGGCCUCAACCUAACGGGCUUUCUGGCGUACUCCUUCUUUAACCUUGGCGUCUUCUUCAGCCCCGUCGUUCAGAGCGAGUACUACGCGCGGCAUCCCACGGGCGUUCUGCCGGUGGAGGUGAACGACAUUGUCUUCGGCCUGCACGCGUCGCUCGCCACUUUCGUAACGGUGCUGCAGUGCUACUUCUACGAGAGGAAGGACCAGCGCAUGUCCAUGGCUGCCCGGGUACUCCUGGGCAUCGUGUGGAUCGGCGCAGCGCUCUACGGCAUCAUAACGCUCGCCGCGGGGCGCCAUUGGCGCAGCCCCUGGCUCUUCUACCUCUACUACUUCUCCUACUGCAAGCUCGUCAUCACCCUGGUCAAGUACAUCCCGCAGGCAAUUCUCAACUUCAGGAGAAAGUCGACAUUAGGCUGGAGUAUCGGCAACAUACUCCUCGACUUCACUGGCGGAACCCUGAGCAUGCUGCAGAUGUUUAUCAUCGCCUACAAUUACGAUGACUGGUCGUCACUGUUCGGGAACUUCACCAAGUUCGGCCUUGGCGUCAUCAGCAUCUUGUUCGACGUGGUGUUCAUGCUGCAGCACUACGUCCUCUACCCGAACGGAAACUGUGGCCUCAAGAAAGUGCCGCACGACGAUCUUUAACGGAGCAUUCCUGCCAGCCUCACAACCCCGCCCCAUACAUCAUACGCGUAUACGUAUAUGCAUUGCAUCCAUUUCGACAUGCUGCUGCUUCCAUAGAGGAGCAAAAAACGAGGACAGCUACUCGUCUUUUUGAAUUGUUGUACACUUGUUACAUUGGACAAACUGCACGAACAUUUAUCGUCUAUAUAUCUUUGAUGUUUCAUCGCGUAGGCUUUGACGUUAAAACGAAGUUGCGAUACUUGAUUGGCUUUUCAGUUUCCAGUGUGCUAGACGUUGUACUUUCUUGGCUGCUUCAUAACUUGGCUUAUGUGGCACAUGUUUUGGAAGAUAUGCUCCCCAUCUUAUUUCGUGUUUGCGUGAAAAUCUUCUUGAUUUAGGCGAUGCAAGGUACCGACUAAUAAUAUUCGUAACAAUAGCGUCAUCGCGUAUCUCUUUUUACAGCUCUAGCAUUAUCUCCACUCUGAACCGCAGAAAACACUUUUUCACGCUGCCCCCCAUAACACUGCUCUGUAUUUCUCUUUCUCUCUUCUUCAUCCAUGUUUCUCUCGCAAUGCCAGAUAGCUCAAUCUCCAUGAUCAAUUGGUUGUGGACUGCGACAGUGCGAACCACAGUGUCUCAUCGAUGUUCCUUUACCACUCGUGCAUAUUUUCAAUACGUUAUCAAUGCAGUACGUGUAUCGAUCGUGAAUGUGAAGGACGUGAUUCCGGGAGUACUCCAUACGUGUCUCGCCAUCUUACUGAAUUUUUCUAAGCUGCGCCGUACUGAUCACGUGUAAACAUACCGGAGCCCUGCGGACACACACUUUAUCAUAUUACAGCUGUAAGCAUUGACUAGAAGCUUUCGCCUCACUGAUGUUCAAGCGCGGGAACAGAGACGGGCGUGUCCUAUCGACGCGUUUUCGUGUGCAUUCACAGGACGGACUCGUUUACAGCGUACGAAGCCUGCUUUCCAACAAUGCUCAAGUGUUCAGAGUUGGUGCGCUCAACUUGUAGUAUCGCUUACCUAUGUGCUUUACCGAAAGAACCUUUUUCAAUUGUUAUCUUCUUAUUACAGAUGUGGUAACAUUACGAAACAUAAUCAUACCAAAAUGUGGAGAUAAACUAUGUUGGCAACAUUACAGUUGUUUAUACGUACCAUUUUAUAGUUCACUAAAUUUUUUCACCUUGUAUGUUCCGUUCAUAAUCGCGAUAUCAAAUGUUCGCUCUUAAAAAAACAUGUAAUGAAACUUUUUCAUUUGCAAUAUUUCCCACGCUAAGAAAGCCCUUUCCUGCGUGCACGAAAUUUCGCAGAAUAUUUCUAUAGGCGCAGUGUAACUGAACUGUUGAAUUUCUGUGCUACACGUGUUUCCCAAAGAACAUAUGUAUCGUUGUGAAUCAUGCUUCAACGUCGAAUCUGCAUUUGGUCAUGUCAAUGUGGUCUGUUCUUGCCACAAUAUCGCCUCCGCCCCCCCCCUUCCAAAGGAAUGAAAACGUAAUAGAUUUUCGCAGGCAUACGUACUUCAAUGCUUGCCAAGCUAUAUCACUGGCACGCUUCAUAGCGUAUGCUAACGCAAAAAAAAAAGCCGGUGUAAUAAAAUGUUAUGUUGUUGCAAAGA